AUGGCUCCUCAUGUUGGGUUCAAUACGGACCAGAUUAAAGACAAAGCACGGAAGGAUCUUCUGUACUUACUCGAGGGUGUCCGAGGAAAGAAGAACUUGGUACUUGAGAGGGGUCUGGCUGGCCCGAUAAACCUAUUCGUCAAGUUUUCGACCCUUCAGGAAUACGGCGUAGACAAGUUGUUCUUCCUGGAGAAUGGCAAUGCGGACGUCAGCCAGCGAAAUGUUGUGUUCGUAGCUCGAGGAGAGAGUGCAAGGCACGCCCAAUCCAUUGCUGACCAUAUAAAACGUAUGCAGCGAGAGAGCCAGACGGGGCAUGAAUUCUCGAUAUUCUGGGUUCCAAGAAAGACUCUUGUGUCGGAAAAGAUUCUCGAGGAGGCGGGUGUAUUAGGAGAUACCACUACCUCAGAGUUUCCUCUCUACUUCCUUCCUCUGGAAAAAGAUUUGUUGUCUUUAGAAUUGGAAGAUUCGUUUUCCGACUUAUACCUCCAUCGAGAUCCCACGCCAACAUUCGUGCUGGCACGUGCUCUGAUGCUGAUCCAGCAGAAGCACGGCCUUUUCCCUCGAAUCACUGGAAAAGGAGACAAUGCGAAAAGGCUGGCAGAUUUACUAGCAAGAAUGCGACAAGAAUUGAUUGCUGGCGAAGAUUCGAACGAGACGAGUAAACUCGGCCUAACACCGAGUACUACGAUCGAAAGCUUGAUCGUUAUCGAUCGCGAGGUCGACUAUGCCACUCCUCUGCUCACACAAUUAACUUACGAGGGCUUGGUCGACGAAGUGGUGCGAAUUCAAAAUAAUCAAGCCGAUGUGGACUCUUCGAUCGUAGGCACCGUUCCACAGCCUGCGCCAGGUUCCUCAAAGACUGUGGGUACAGCGCCGGUCGAAGCCAAGAAGCAAAGAAUUACCCUGGAUUCUUCCGAUAAACUCUACGAUCAACUCAGAGACACCAAUUUUGCUAUUAUUAAGAGCUUGCUGAACAAAGUAGCUAGGCGACUUCAGAAUGAUAUUGACGCAAGACACUCGACAAAAACGACGGCAGAGUUGAGAGAGUUUGUGAACAAGCUUCCGGGGUACCAGGCUGAACAGCGAAGCUUGAAGAUACAUAUUGCGCUGGCAGAGGAGAUUUUUAAGCAUACACGAACCGAUCAAUUCAGCAGAUUGCUUGAGGUGCAGCAGAAUCUAGCCGCAGGGGCCGAUCCUUCAUCACAACACGAAGCAAUCGAAGAGCUCAUUUCUCGGGAUGCCCCUCUCUCAGAAGUACUGCGAGUUUUGUGCUUAGAGUCCUGCAUAUCUGGGGGCAUAAAGCAUAGCCAUCUCGAGCACUUCAAGAAGAUGAUCUUGCAAGCUUAUGGCUACCAACAUCUGCUUACAUUAGACGCUCUCGAAAAGUUGCAGUUACUCCUCUCGAGAAGCUCACCAAUGGCGGCGAUGAUUCCGAUGACUGGGGCAGGGGCCGUCGCAGGGGCCAAGACGAAUUAUACAUAUUUACGGAAAGCGCUUCGUCUAAUUGUUGAUGAAGUUAAUGAACACGAUCCGAACGAUAUCGCAUACGUGUACAGCGGCUAUGCGCCGUUGUCAGUGCGCCUGGUUCAGAGCAUUCUGCAGAAGCAAUAUCUAACUUCUAUCACUCGUGGAGGUAAUGCGAAUAACGCGGCUGGGGUGGCAACUGGUGGAGCCUCACAAGGAUGGCGGGGAUUCGACGAGGCAGUGAAGCAUGCACGAGGCGCAACAUUUGAUGAAGUUCAGAAGGGAGAAGACAAGGCUGUGAAGGCGCGAGCUCUCCUUACUGGCAGUGGCGAGAAGAAGGUCGUUUUUAUUGUAUUCUUGGGUGGCAUAACUUUUACGGAAAUUGCGGCCUUGAGAUUCAUCGCCAAACAAGAAGAAGGCAUGCUCAGUUCCCCCCUUUCAACUUCGCAUGCUAAUAACUCUACUCCAGCACGAAAGCGAAUCAUCAUCUGCACGACAUCAAUUAUCAGCGGGAAUAGAAUGAUGGAUGCGGCGAUUGAGAAGGGUUCCUUAGGGAAGAAUACUGCACAAGCAUCGUAG